UCGAGUGAAGCUACGUCCAAGAGUCGUCUUCCUCGAGAGAAUGACGGAGAUCGGUUAAGAAUCGUUCGUAUCACGGCAAAGGGUGAUGUGGAGGAUGCAGGAGGGUAGAAUCGUGUCGCCUCUGGGACCGGUCGUCCUGCCUAGGGAGGAGGCGGACACGCGCGUUCCACUUUCGAUGCCUUCGCAGGAAAGGAGGCACGUGUUGCUGCACGUACGCACUGCCGAUCCUUUCCUCCGUUACGAAAACGUCAGAGGGCAACAACAAACGAGCACGGCCGGUCAACAGCAAGUACCUUCGUCCUCGCCUCCGCCUCAUCAACAGCCACCGAGUUCGCUUUCGAGUCCAAGCGUAACGACGAUCUCGCCGAUCUUGAGAGCAGUCGCGAGGACUACCGAAGAAUUGGACGGGUCCAGGAAUAUAGAUAGGAAGAACGACGUCGACAUGGAAAUGGAGGAGGAGGAGGAGGAGGAGGAAGAGGACCGGAAGGAACGGGAAGCCGACGAAGAGGACGACGACGAGGACAUGGAAGACGAUAGGAAAACGAUAGAGAGGAGAAACAGGAGUAUGGGAGAGGAAGAAGAGGAGGAGGAGGAGGAACAAGAGGAGGACGACGAAGACGAUAGCAGAGAAAACAGAGACGAGGAGGACGUGGAAGUUGACGUUUGCCGAGAGGAAGGUCCGGAAAGCAAUCCCAGCAGUCCGGUCGACUUAACGGCACCCUCGUCGAGGGGUACCGAUCAACAACUCUUUCUAAAUCCCUUCGGAACCCGCAUGACGCACAGUUUUUCUUGCAUUCAAGGAACUGGACCAGGUGGCGGACACCACGGUGGAGUUCAAAUGGCACCGCAUAAUACGCCGUCGGUCUACAUCUCCGGUCACGUCGCCACUGGUUCCGCGGUAAUGACGAUUUGUUCCGGCGGAAACGCGAGCUCGCGAACCGCGACUGGAAAUAUAACGAGCACGACGGCGACCAACACCGUACCACCCACCACCAAGAGGUGCUUAGCAUUCUCGGUUGAAAACAUACUCGAUCCUAACAAAUUCACCGGCGGACGCGUUAUCCACAAUCGGGUGCAACAUCGGCGCCAUCGUCGAUCUGGCAGCGUAAACGAAGACGGAGACUCCCGAGGCGAGUUUGCCUGUGGCAGCGGUCAAGAGGAUGAAGAGGGUACCGUGGAAACUGCGAUGGAGGAAACGGAAGAGGACGUGGAGGAGGACGACGAGGAGGAGGAUAUCGAGAUGAGAGUGGUCGAUCGUGAUUCCUCUAACGUAACUCGUGACGUUACGAAUCAAACCUCGAUUGGCCCUAAUAACAACAACAACAACAACAACAACAAUAACAACAAUAACAACAACAACAACAAUAACAACGGUACGUCGAACGGUUGCAAAAAGAGACAAUCCUCUUCCUCGUCCUCUUCAUCGUCCAGCAGCGUCCAAGUACAGAACUGUCAGAGUCAAAACGGUCAAGGACAAAACUCUCAAAACGGUUCGAGUAAUGGUGGGGGUAGUGGGGGUGGUAGUGGUGGUGGUGGUGGUGGUAGUGGUGGUGGUGGUGGUGGUGGUGGUGGUGGUGGUAGUGGUGGUAGUACAGGUGGCAAACCAAGAAGAGCUAGGACUGCCUUUACGUACGAACAACUGGUAGCUCUGGAGAACAAAUUUAAAACUACGAGAUAUCUCUCGGUAUGCGAACGCCUCAAUUUAGCUCUGUCCUUAUCCCUAACUGAGACUCAGGUGAAGAUUUGGUUCCAAAAUCGACGGACCAAAUGGAAGAAACAAAAUCCUGGAUUGGACGUGAACAGUCCAACGGUACCAACGACACCUCCUCAUCCGUCACCGUACGCACCAGCCUUCCUAUUUGCCGCUCAUCCUCAUCAACAUCCCUUACCGCACUCUCAUGCUCAUCCGCACCCACAUUCGCACGCUCACGUUCAUCAUCCGUCGGCCGUGGCACCGCCACCACCUGGCUAUUAUCAUCAUCCAGCGGCACCACCAACGGCCUAUGCUCCUCCAGGAGCCACCUUCUUUGGACAUCACCUGCCUACGACGCCAACUGCCACGGCUUCUGCCUCGGCAUCGGCGGCAACUUCCACUCCUUCUUCUACCUCGGUCCUUGCCCUAUCCUCGCACACGCAUACACACGCGCAUCCUCAUCCCCAUGCGCAUCCGCACGCGUAGCGAACUCGAAAAUCCUGUUCCUCGAUCAAAUCUUAGGCUUCUUCUCGCUGCGAAGCCAAUUUUCUCACCUUUGUAAUAUAUUCCAUUUGUUUCAUUGAAAGAAGGAGGCGAGAGAGAGAGAGAGAGAGAGAGAGAGGACUGGAAAGUGAAAGUUUCGUGACGAAACAUGUCGUGAUUUUUUUUGUCUCUUUUCUCUCUCCCCCCUCUCUCUCUCUCUCUCUCUCCUUUUCACCAUCGAAGGAGGGAAGUAGAUUCUAUCCCAAAGUUCGUAGCUUUAAGGUAUGCGUGUGAACGAAUAGACGUACGAGUGCAUUUGAAUAUACGAAAGUGAAAAAGGGAGAGAGAGAGAGAGAGAGAGACUAUAUUGCGAGAGAGUAUGCAAGUGCAAAUACGCGAGAAAUCAAAAUGAAUUUAGCGAAAAACACACGGACACGCAGAGAGACACGAAAACAGAGACAUACACGUACGUACAUAAAUACAUACACGAAGUUGCUCGACCACACGGAAUACAAGACAAAUUUAUUGUGCUGAAAUUGUGCAAAAACGAACGGCGUGAGGCGCAACGAGCGUUCCUCUGUAAAAUAAAUGCCUACCAUACGUUACGCUCGUAAA